CCAUAAAUUGGUCUUAUCCACCAAAAUCCAUUAAAUCAAACCUCAAUCUUUUUAUCUACUUUUGUUUCUUCACUGAAAAUUCUUCUCAAUAAAAAUGGCUGCUUGUUCCUUCUCUACAUCUUCUUCUACUUCACUUCAUCUCUUCACUCAAAAGCACAUUUCCUUAACCACUAAAAACACACAUUUCAUCAACUUCAAGAUUAACUCUAUAAAACCAACAAAACUCAAACCCCAUUUCACCAUUUCUCCUCUUUUCAAUAGGUCUUCAAUCCAUUUUUCUACUUUUGCUGUAUCUGAUGAUGAAGUUUCAUUUUCGCCCGAAAAAGAAAUUCAAGAAAGAGAUGAAGUUGCAUUAUCGCCCGAAGACGAAGAAAUUCAAGAAGAUGAAGAGAAAGAAGAAGGAGAUGGAGUUGUUGAAGAUGGAAGAAUGUAUGUGGGGAAUUUGCCAUUUUCAAUGACACCUUCACAAUUGUCUGAAAUCUUUGCUGAAGCUGGUACAGUUGCUAAUGUUGAGAUCGUUUAUGACAGAGUUACAGAUAGAAGUCGUGGAUUUGCAUUUGUUACAAUGGCAAGUGUUGAAGAAGCAAAGGAGGCAAUUCGGUUAUUUGAUGGAGCUCAAGUUGGAGGUCGUACGGUCAAGGUGAACUUCCCUGAAGUUCCAAGAGGAGGUGAAAGGGAAGUAAUGAGUGCAAAGAUAAGAAGCACAUAUCAAGGUUUUGUAGAUAGCCCUCACAAACUAUACGUUGCGAAUCUUAGCUGGAACCUCACUUCUCAAGGUCUGAAAGACGCUUUUGCUCACCAGCCUGGAUUCUUGAGUGCAAAAGUCAUCUAUGACAGGGCCUCGGGAAGAUCUCGAGGUUUUGGGUUCAUCACAUUUUCUUCAGCUGAAGCAAUGAAUGCCGCACUCGAUACCAUGAAUGAAGUGGAUCUUGAAGGACGGCCGUUGCGACUAAAUGUGGCUGGGCAGAGAGCUCCGGCAUCUUCUCCACCAGUAGUCGAAACAAGUCCUGAAAAUGAUUCCGAGGACGAUGAAAUACUUUCUAGUCUCAGCUCAUAAGAUCAUCGAGAUUCAUAACAGAUUUGGCGAUUUGGAGAAAUGUAGAGUUUUAUAUGCGACAGAUACAUGCAUUUUCCAGCUUGUGUAAACUUGAUGCUGGUAAGCUGUGUUGCUAGUUGCCUGUACAUUUCUUGCAAAAAUUCCAUAGAUAAAAGAUGUAUUUUGAUUGUAAUAUAACUCAACACUAGAAUCAGUAGCGAUAACUCUUUGUAAAAUACACAAUGCUCAUGUAUUCUACUAUUUGUUCCUCCCUUUACUAGAAGCUUAAAAUUA